UCUUCGUCCCGGAAAGUCACCGUAACAAAUGAUAUCACAAUGGCUUCUUUUCCGGUGGGGAUCCUGAGAUAGGGCAUUUUCUUCAGUACAGUAAUUAUCCACAUCUCUUGAAACUAUCUUUGUAGUACAAUACAAUGACCGAUAGCGCUAAAUCAAUUCUCGAAGAGGAGACUUCGAAGCUCGAAACCAAGUCCAAGCGCAGCGCAGAUGUCGAAGAUGCUGAUGUUGCUGUGAAGAAGUUUAAAACGGAAGCUGUAGCUGAUGAAACUGGCGACUGUACCAGUAGAAACUUGGAAGCUAAUGGUGAUGAAGAACUUAAGGUCAUCAGGAGGGGAGUCCAGUUUGAAAUUGAAGCGAAUGCGGCCGAGGAUAAAGGGUCUAGGCAUACAAUGGAAGAUGCCUGGGUUUUACUCUUGGAUGCAAGCUUGGAUUUUCCUGGGAAAUUGAGAUGUGCACAUUUUGCUAUCUAUGAUGGUCAUGGGGGUCGGUUAGCUGCAGAGCACGCUCAAAAGCAUUUGCAUAAGAACGUUCUCUCGGCCGGGUUACCACGUGAGUUGUUGGUGGAUGUAAAAGCAACUAAAAAGGCAAUACUUGAUGGGUUCCGGAAAACGGAUGAGUCUCUUCUUCAAGAAAGUUCUGCAGGGGGAUGGCAGGAUGGUGCUACUGCUGUUUGCGUUUGGGUCUUAGGUCAAACAGUUUUUGUUGCUAAUAUUGGUGAUGCUAAAGCAGUUGUAGCCCGAUCUUUGACUACUGAUAAAUCGACGAAUAAUCCUAAUGGUGGAAGCUCUUUAAAGGCUAUCGUUUUGACAAGGGAACAUAAGGCAAUCUACCCACAGGAGAGAGCUCGCAUUCAAAAGGCUGGUGGUGUUGUUGGUUCAAAUGGUCGCUUGCAGGGUCGUCUUGAAGUUUCUCGGGCAUUUGGAGAUCGCCAAUUCAAAAAGUUGGGUGUUAUCGCAACUCCAGACGUUCAUUCUUUUGAAUUGACUGAUAGGGAGCAUUUUAUCAUUCUUGGAUGUGAUGGACUUUGGGGGGUUUUUGGACCAAGUGAUGCCGUCGAUUUUGUCCAGAAAUUAUUGAAGGACGGCUUGCCUGUAGCAUCAAUAAGUCGACGUCUUGUGAGGGAAGCAAUUCGUGAGCGGCGCUGCAAAGAUAACUGUACGGCAAUCAUCAUCGUCUUCAAGCCCAAAUGACAAGGAAAGAAAUAAUUCCGAGUCUUAGAUUUCUGUGUUACUAAUGCUGUAUAAGCCAGCUCUCAAGAUAUCAACUUUUUUGCACAAGUGGGCUUAGCAAGUUUGAAUUCCCUCGAGUUAAGAGACAUGGAGAAUUUGGAAACUGAUGUGGAAACAGUAGUGUAUAAAUUUGUGUGCAACUUCAGUCUCAAGAUUUUGUAAGAUACUGAUGUUAUUACCUUCCAACAAUAUUGUGCAAGUAAAGAUUUCUUAGUUGUUUGUAUGUUGGUGGAAUAUGUAUAAACACAACUAUAGUGUUGAUUUCAUGCUUAGAUAUGUAUUCUUAUCUAUGACAAACAAUCAGGAGUAAUGAUUUCAUGAUUGGAACUCAA